AUGGCGAGUGUGCCGUCUCCGUCGUCUCCUCCAGCCUCACCGUCUUCUGCUUCCAGCUCCGACAACUCCGCCACUGAACCCAUCCCUCACUCUCCUCCAAAUCCACAGGUUGAUGCUGGGGUCAACAAUGGGGUUCUCAAUGUCGACGAGAAAAAGCCUGAUAUUUCUGCAUAUUUUGAUGAUCUUCACAGUGCCAACAUUGAAAAGUUCAAGAAAUAUGAAGCUGACUACAGUCGUUGGUUGACUGCAAAAUACUUCUCAAAGAAGAAUCUGUAUGGAGGCAACAUCUUUGAUGAAGAUAUGACAAUCCAAGAUGAGAUUAUUAAGUCAAGCAGGUGGCCUUGUACCCGAUCAUAUGCAGACCCAGUGCAGGGUUUUGAAGAACAGAGCAACAGCUGUUCAACUACUACUGUAGCCGAGUCCCCAUCCAACAUCUCAAAUGGGAAGCACCUAGCAAAGAAGAACAGUUGA